AGCGAUGGAGGUAGGGCGGAGCGCUGGGUCCCGUCGCUUACCUUCUGAGAUGCUGUUCCGGGAGCCCGUCGUGGCAAGCCCGCAGGGGUAUACUGUCACGCGAGAGUGCGGGUGGACUUACAAGCGACAGGGGAAGUCAAUUUACAGAACACUGUGUUUGAUGGGAGGGGUUAUGAAAAAAUGAAAAAGGUUUUAACAGAGGAUUCCAUUACCACAUGCCUUUCUCCUUUAGUGCAUGACUUGAUUUGUAACCUUGGGUUUGAACUCACAGAAAUUUGUGAUAUCAAUAGCAUUGUAACUCAAAAUGGGGAAGUACACUGGAAAGGAAUUACAGACUGUGUGAGCUAUGCAGAAUUAGGGCAAAGUCUGGACUACAGGCAAAGUGUGCAGCAGUUGGGUCCGGUGUGUGAGGCCAUCCAUCUACACAUCUCAUCUCUGACUAGAGCACAGUUUGAAACUCAGUAUUCACCAUGGUACCAGUGGACAGCUUAUCCAGAGGCUUAAGAAGAUAAAGUCCACUUGAUCAUACAGAACAGACCUCCCAGAGAGAGGACAAGUUGUUUCUUGAAAUAUUUGAUGCCUUGGAAAGCUUGCAGUUAGCCGCCAUCUCCCUCAGCAUGAUGAAACUAGCUUCCUGUCUGGAACGAGCCUUAGGUAUUUUUACUGAUUGGGAAAGAGUGCCCCUUUCUCCUAAGAGAUCUUCUUGCAUCUGCAGAGCUUGCACAAGUCUUUGGACAUGAUGUGAUGGACGUACUAAAAGUCUUCAUCGGUUCUCCCUGUGGCCUCAACCUGAGAAACGUCUUGUGGCAUGGCUUUGCUUCCCCUCAAGAUAUUCCUCCAAAAUACUGUUCAGCCAUGUUGCUGUUGACGGCAGGACUGGGUCAGUUACUGAAGAGUUACCUUCAGCACACAAAAGUCACAUUGGCACAUCGACCUUUUGUAACACUCACAAACUUAGAGGAUGUGAUUGUUUUUCCUGGCAAGUUCUACAUUUCACACUCCCCUUACUAUGUCUUUACGGAGGUAUUUGCAGUUCGUAAGUAGCAUCAGACUUGAAUUCUUGGUGAAAUACUCUAUCGACCUUGGCAAGAUGGCUGUGAGUUACUGGAAGACCCUUUUAAACUUCACUCCUUACCACUGCUCUGGGGUGCUGUUGGCCCUGAGAGUCACAGCUAGAGCUGGACUCUUCCUCAGAUGUGCUGCCACUCAGAAGUCUUGGGGGCAUCCACGGUAUCUGUUGUUCUUUCCUCUCACCUUGUCUGCAUCUGUACUCGUGGCCAUUGUAUCAGCUGUGCCAACAGUAGAAAGUUGCUGUAUCUUCUGAGAAUACAUCUUACUCCUCUAGGUCAGUACCUCAACUAGGGCAUCUUCAGCCCUACUCUCAGUUGCUGCCCAAGUCCCUGAAGAGAUGAGUUGCCCAUUUUUCCUCUUGGCAACUUCCUGAAGCCACUCCACUGUAGCUGUAGGCCAGGUGCUCUCCCUUUUCAGGAAUGUUCUAUUGUAGGCCACAGUUCAUCUGUCCCAGGGUGCUGGCUGGUUGGCAUGUCGGUCCACAUGUGUUCCUGACAUCUCUAUUGCUGACUGUGGUUGUGUUUUCAAAGAUACUUGCUCUUUUACAGAUGUAACUCAUGAAGUACUCUCAGCAUUGGAGACAGUGAUGACGAAAUCCCACUUUCUAUUAAAAAUCAUGUUGCCAUAUUGGGAAAUGGCAGUGAGCAAGUUCAAGUCUCACAGGUUUGCCGACUGUACCGUGUUGUUGCUGUCACAGCUAGAAGCUGGACUCAGGAGAGUUUUUGCUGCAGUUAACAAAUGUCCUGAGAGACUGCUCACAGCUGAGUCAACAGUUCUAUAUACCACGUUUGAUGAAAUACUGGCAAAAAACAUGAGUGAUGGUACCAUCAACCAGCUUCCUUGUUUCCUUGGAGAGCCUGCCAUGGAAUUCUUGUGGGAUUUCCUGAACUAUCAGGAGGGUCCUCGUAUCCGGGAUCGUUUAAGCCACGGGGAGAUCAACAUACACGAAUUUCCAAAAGAGGCAGCAAGCCAGCUUCUCACGUUCUCCCUUGUGCUCUUGCUCAGAUUCACUGACGAGGACACACUGUCAGAACUGAAGGAGGAAGCAGCAAUACAGUUGCUGGUUAGUCUUGCAGAAGGUUACAGGUCUCGCUGUCACCCAGCCUUUCAGCUUCAAAAACAGGUGCUGAGCUGUGAGAGAAGCCUCAGGAUGUGGCCUGUGCCACCUUUGCCAGAAGAGUGUUGUCAGCAAGCAGACAGAUUGGAAGGUAAUUCUGAAGCAUGUGCCUGCAACUCUUUAAUUAGCAAGAUUUUGUGUGAGCUCUGCCGCUCCCUGCCUGGGAGUACCUGCGCUACCAGUGGCUUGGAUGGGCUUCCCUCGGAGAAGUGGUCACAGCUGCUCAAUGAACUCUGUAGCACACGCAUUCCUACACUGUUCUGCCCCAGGAUUGUUCUAGAAGUUCUGGUUGUGCUCCGAGGCAUCAGCUUCCAGUGCCAGCGCGUGUCUGACCAGGUCAUCGCCUCUUUGCAGCUGAGACACAGGCAGUGGUUGGAGCGUAGGUUGCGCUCAAGGCAGCGUCAGAACUAUGUGCGCAUGCUCAGCAGCGUUGGACUUCUGUGUCCUGUGCUUUCCCUGAUUCUGUUGCUCCUUGCACUGGAAUUGGUCAGUGUUGAUGCGGUUCAUGGUAAAGGCGCUCAGGAACAGAAGCAGUAUCUGAGGUUCUUAAAAUUGGUCCUACAGUACACUGAGAACCUAGUGGCCUAUACCAGUCAAGAGAAGAACAAAUGGAGUGAAGCCGUCAGUCUCACACAUGCAGUGUUGUUGAAAAUCUGGACUUUCAGUGAGAAGAAACAAAUGUUAAUACAUUUAGCCAAAAAAAACCCAUAAAUAAAGUUGACACAAGCUGUCAAAGAAAUCACGAGUCAGGCUAUUUUUGGUUGUGACA